AUGGCAACCCCGUCCAACUCGGUCGAUGAGCCAAGAACUAGCGAUCGUUUCAAUGCAUCCGAUGCUGAUGUUCUCAUACGAUCCUCCGAUAAUGUCGACUUUUUCCUGCACAAGAAAAAUCUCGAAUGUGCUACGGGAGGUUUUCCUCCUGCGGAGACACCCUCAGAUCUUAACGAAGUCGUACGACUCUCCGAGACGGCAAACAUAUUAGAAAUGCUGUUCACGUGUAUCUAUCCUUGCCCAUUUCCUUCAUUAGAGGAACUGGACUUUGAUACAUUCAUGCUGCUCGUAGAAGCGACCGAAAAAUAUCAGUUCUUUGGUAUGAUUUGUGCGUGUAGGCUUCAUAUGAAAGAAAUCUUGUAUCCUACAGAUCCUGACUUCAAUAGCAACUUCACCUUGAAGCAGGACCUGCACAUCAAAAGGAUACAACUUUUACAAUUUGCCAUCAAGCAUGACGUUCGAGAUCUUAUUGAAGAGCUUCGAGCAAUUCUGGUGAAUGUUUCGUUAUCGGAUUUGGUGGAAAUUCUCCCACCUCAUAUCUACAUGCCUUGGGUAAUUGCACAGUCUGCUGCGGAGUGA